AUGAGUUUUUCUUUCAAAGUCCUUGGUGAACAUGCCAGUUUUAUGGGAUUUUUGGAAUAUUUUGCUGCUGCUGCUGCUGCCGCUGCUGCUGCCGCUGCUGCUGCCGCUGCUGCUGCCGCUGCUGCUGCUGCUGCUGCUGCUGCUGCUGCUGCUGCUGCUGCUGCUGCUGCUGAGCUUCUGUCUAGAUUAAUCUUUUAUUUUGUACCGAUGAUCGAUUUUUAUCCUGACGUUACACAUAAUGUCCGGUAA